CGUUCAAGCGUCAGUUGCUGUGUUGUGUUUAAGUUGUUAGGGUAUGGGCGUGGACAAAUUCGUAAUUCCAAAAAUGCGAUUUAAACUUAUGCUUAUGUUGUCCAUAGUGCUUCUGCAUAUAGCAUUGAUUUCAGCGAAUUGUACAAUUCCACCCGUUAUUCAAGAUUCAUGGUUUUCUUGGGAAAAUGGGAAGAGUACCAUUACGGAGAUCAACGGAGAUUCAAUGUCGAGGAAAGGGCGCUGCCUCGCAAUGAAAGAAGAAUACCAUGUCAACUACACGUUUGUUUUCAAGGAAGAUACGUUAACUUGUUAUAAUUGUGUGAAGCUCAUUGUACGGACAGUGAACGUUCUCGAGAAAAUAGAGACACCCUGUGUCACAAUUGGAGCAAAUGAAGAACCAACAGUUGAGAGAGUUUGCAGAGGUUUACAUUCGGAUCAACAGCUGAUAACACUUUUCUCAGAAAAUUACGUGCCUGUUAAUUGUCGGUCCAGUUUAGAAGGAGUGUGGCAGUUUGCAUACCAGAAUCGCUUUCGUUUCACUGGAGAAUGCGAUCAUCCAGAUGCUCAGAUUCGUUCCUGUCAAACUGCUGGAACACAGUUUCUCAUCACAAAUCAGAAAUUUAAUAUAACUUACAAGAAAUGUCCCGGCAUGGAACAAACUUUUGAUGGAGUUGUUGAGUACAGUUGUUUAGGUGACUGGUUUGUGGACAAAAACCACUUCUUUGCAGUGGCUAAUACCAAAGAAUCCAGGAAAGAUGAGAAGUACAGGUGUUUCCUGAAAAAUAGGGAUGAUGAUCUUUAUAUUGGUGUGUCAAUUACAGCGGAGUGUAACACUCUGAAGACAGUGGAAAAGAGUCCAGAGAGACUCCGUGUUACAGCAGUAAAGGCUGAAGUGGUGGAACCAGGGUGCAGACUACCUCAGAAUUUCUCUGGUGAAUGGAUAAAUACUGCGAAUAUAGAUGCAGACAUAAUGAUUAAUGAAACUCAUAUUGUAGAAACUUGGUUUCCGGAUGAGGGAAGAUUUCGGCGUACAAUAUAUACUUGCCGUGAACAGAGGGGCACUCGUUACAUGAUGGCGAGGCUCACUGUUGAUGGCUGUCAGAAAGAUUAUGUGUGUUUUGAUUUUGUGCCCCAGCACCAUAAUAUCAUCAGAUAUCGCCGUGGUAUAGCAGUUAUAAAAGAUGAUUUCCAUACAGUCUGUUCUUGGGUUCAGUUCAAAAAUAAGGAAGCCUGGAAAUAUGAUCUUUAUUUAUCAAAGAGACCAGUACCUGUUCAGUGUCCUGUGGCAGGAAAAUUUAAUUUCACACAGCGUGGGGAUGUUCCAUUCGAAACCCGUAUUCUUGGAGGUGUUACACUGUCACCAAGACCUAACAUCUAUUGCAAACAGAAUAUAUCAGACUUCUCUGUGUGUGACAUUGAACAGAAAGAAAUUGCAAUUGAUGAAACUUACUGCCUUAGUGUGGAUCAUUUGGGAAGACCUGUUGAUAUAUACAGUGACCCUGAUUACAAGAUGAAAUGUAUUGGAUUCUGGAAAGAGAAUCUGAAAUCAUAUCUUAUAACAUAUGAUGAACUGGAUCCGUACAGCAAGUAUCGUUGUUGGGUAUACCAAAGAGCUGACCUUAACAGAGUUCUGAUGUCCCAAGCAAUAGGUCCUUACUGUGACCUGAAGCAGGAUGUUACUAGUUGGAACUUCACCGAAGGUGCAGCAGUGGCUUUAGAGAUGCAAGAAUAUGAAAGAGAACGUGAUCAGUGUCCAAUGCACUUCGACGAUGGUAGCAACCCCUGGUUGAAGAGAGAUAACUACAUACAAAUUUUUAGGUUUGGCAACCAUGCAUAUUCACUACAGAAUGAGAUUAUUUGCAUAUUAAUGGGUCUUUUAUGUUCAUUAAUCAGGCUCAGGAUGAUUCUUUGACUGCCGUAAAUGUUGAGUGUUCUUGUUGGACCUGUUUGCAGGAAGGAUGUGGUAGAUUUUCUGCUCAUGGGCAUGUUGUUCUUUUUUAGCCGAUAAUGUGACAUAUUUUGUAUUUGAUUAAAUGUGUCCUGUGAAAAUAUCAGUUUUUAUAUAUUUAUGACAGAUGAAAUGUUUUUAUAUUGAGACAUGUUACGCUUAGAAGUGGUUUUUACUUAAUUAAUCUAUACAGUAACAUAAAAAGCCGUGGACAACUUUGUAACAGUUAAAGCCUGUUGUAUAUUAAGUGAUCUUGUUUGCAAUUUGGUCCCAAAACAGAAACUGUGUAUCUAGUUGCUGUUAAAGGUGAAAUUCCAUGCAGAGGGGGAGUCAUUGUCUGCAGAGGGGGAAUCAUUGUCACUUAUAUCAUCUUUUGUAAUUGCAUUUUGAUGAAAAGACUGUCUUCAUUACUGUUACUGUUACACUUAUCAUCACUGCUGUUUUAGUAGUAAGUGGAUAGAUUUAUGUUUGCAAGAGAAGUCAUGUAUUGAUUCUCUCAGUAAUGUGAGUUUCGUAUUUGCAUGUAAUAUUUCCACAUAAUGUGGACACAAGCAAUUCAAAGUAUGAAAAAAUUAUUAUGCCAAGUGAUAGUAUAUAGAUGACAAUUUUUUUCUGUACUUUAAAUAUUCACAGAUUCUUAUGCACCAUAAUAUUAAUGCAGUAAUGGUCUUAAAAUGUACAGCAUACAACAAGUCAGAGAAGGUCUGUGAGACUUUCCUUAUAAAAAAAUCUGUAAAUACAUGAAAUGAGGCCAAAGUCUCCCUAAAUCGUGUGUCAUCAGUUCUCUUGUACUGUGUUAUCAUGGAUAUGUUUGUUUCUGCAACAUUUUGUCUCACACGUAGCAUAUUUGCCAGCUGUUUCUGUAAAAAAAAUUUCAGUAGAAACAUUGAUGUAUCAUCUCAAGUAUGACUUUUCACAUUCUUUCCAAAUUUCUGUGCAAAGAGUAGAGUAUUCCUUUAAAAAAAGGCAGGAGAAAAAGAAUAAAAGUUACUUCAACAUGUAUGUAAAUAAAAAGGGCUGUCCUUGUUACCUGUGUACUUACAGAUUUUCCAAGAUGUGUUGUUACACAAGUGUAACAACAACAGAAAAUUUUUGAUUAUUCAUUAAAGGCCACGGAAAUGAACUUAUUGUGACUGUUAUAGGUAUUCUUGAGGAAGCAAAUUUAGCAUAUGUAAAUCAAAUUUAAGUCAUGUAAUUCCUCAUAUGGAUAAAAGUACAACAACCUAUACUAGAUUUGUUUUCCCCCCACCCCUUCCUCCAAUUCUGUCCUACGUCAGAUCAGCUUCAUACUGGAUCAUGUUGAUGCAAUGUCCACAGUGUGCAAUUGCUAAGAAGCAACCAUCAAGAUCAUUUUUGUAUGAUAAAAACAUGCUCAUCAUGCAUCUCAUGCCAUAGUUGAUUUAAUGCCAUGCCCCUGCUCCACUCAUCCCUUCUUUUCAACCAAUUCUAAUGUUUGCAUGCAUUUUAAGUAAUAUGUGGACUUAAUUUUAAAUCAUAGAACUGAAACUAAACUUUCAUAAGAUUUCAGUGCUGCUCACUGACACUUGUAACUACAUGUCUUUAUCAUUCUGAAGUAAUGUACCCAAAGCACAAAAUUUUCCUUAAGUUAAUUAAAGGUUUUUAACCACACUAAUCCAGAUGCCACAGUUUUAAACAUUGAGAUUAAAAAUUAGUACCUUGUCCCCCAGGGAAAAUUACCUGAACUGGAGAUAAUUACUUCCUCCUUCACACAAUACUGCCAGUACAAGGAGAGUGACCUUUGCAGCUACUUUUCAUCCUUUAAAUACUUUGAAUAUGAAUACUUAUCUUAAGCAGUAUGAAUGUAGAUCUAAUGUAAAAGAGUCCCAUGCGUAAACUGACAUGAACUUGAUUAUCUAUAUGACAAUGAAUCUCAUUAUUCAAAUCUUCCUUAGGAGUUGAGGGUUAAGGAGUCAUGCCUAGAAGUCAUUGGUUUUGAAUAGGGUUAUCACUCCACUGGUGCGUUUUAAUCACCAGUGUUUCGGAGAAAUUAACCUGAAUUUCCACAUCAGGUUCAUGAUAUUGAUUAAAUUUAAUUAACGCAUUAACUGUUAGGAGGCUGAUGGCCGCCACAGCAGAGUCUUGUGCCUAAUGUCCUGUCAUUGCAGUGCAUUGCAUUGUGCAUGCAGCAGUCAACAAGUUUAACAACGCUGCCUUUAAAAUAAAGGAGGGUUGUGGAGACAUGCUGUAAAGUCAUUGUUUUUAAAUAAGGUUAUCACCCAAAUGGUUUAUUUUAAUUACCAGUGUUUCAGAGUAAUGAACUGGAAUGUCCACAGUAGGUAUUAAUUAAACAUACUUAAAUAAUCCUGCCUUUUGUAGUCCACACAUCAGUUAAUGUUGAUACAAUUAUAAUAUGAAUAUGGUAUUUCGCCAGUACUGUGGGGGGUACAACCUUCUUAAACAUUCAGCCAGUAAACUUGAAUCUUGUGUUAUACUUCUACCACAUUUUGAAUACAAGAAAUGCUGUAGGCAGUACAGUGUUGUUAUAAGUAAAAUUCUGCUUUUAAAAUGGAAAAAUAGCAGUGGAAAUGCUAUUUAAGAAAAUUAACACAAGGUUUAAAGUUUGUGAGAAUUGUGUACCUGUUGCUGUCUACACAAGUUCCUUAGUUUUUCUCAAGGUUAGCCAAGUAAACCUAGAUCACACAUAUUUAUAGUGUGUAAUGUGUCUGAAUUUUGACAGUAGCCUCAGUUCAUGAAAUUUGUACUUAAUUAUUUGCUGUCGGUUGCUGGCAAAACCUAUUUAAAUGUGCAUUGGAAUAUUGUGCCUGAUAUUUUUUUUUAACUUUUUGACAGUGAAAUCAAUUAAAUAUGUGUUUCUUGUAUCAUAAGCAAUAGUUAAGUCAUAUUGUUACCAUUUAAUACUAUUGUGGGAUGUGUUAUGCAUCAUUAGGAACAUAAUUUAUAAUGAAUUUGUGAUUGGCAGUAUUGAGUUUUAAGAUUUCAAAAAAUAUGAGGAUGAUGAAAAUAAAAAAGCAAUAACUGUGUUCCAUCAAUCCCAGAAAUGUUUGUGAUAAAUACAGAGCUGCAUAGAUAUUUCCAGGUCCCAUUAAAUGUAUUUGCAAUAUCAUGAAAUGCUGUGGAACAUGUCAGUUGAUUUACGAAAAGACACAUUUUUCAGUGACUGUUUGGUUGCAUGAUGACCAUUUAUGAGUACAUGAGUAGAUUAUAUUUAUAUCUACAUUAAAUAUAAUCUAGUGAGAGUAUAAAUCAGUAAUAGCUGAUUUUUAAGUUCCAUUAAUUACUUUAGCCAUUUGCCAUGUUAUGUAUAUUUCUUAAUAUAUAAAAUAGUAAAUUUUUCUCUGAUGUUUGAACUCCCCCCCCCCCAAGGAAAGUUUGUAUUCAUUUAGUGGGAAAACUUUUGUAUCUUGCCUUUUUUAAACUAUUGUACUUCUCCAACCCACUAAAAGCUUCCAUAGGAUUGCAGGAUUCAGAAAAAGUGUAAAAUAAUAAUCUUCCUCUCACCCCUGUGCCACAGUUCCAAUCUUUAUUAUUUUGUGACUGUGCAAUGUCACCUAAAUUAUUAAAAUAGUUUUGUACGCAGUAUGUGGCAAUUGGUUCUCCAUGGCACUAUGGCAGCUCUAUCCAGCAGAUAUGAGAAGUGAGAUCUGAUUGUGAAUUUGAAUACACAGUUUUAACUGAAAACAGAGGAGUGUGUUUUAAUUAUUAACAAAUAUUUGGUGAAAAUAAUCAUAAACACCAAGUGAUGGCAGGAGAAAAUGCUUAAAAGAUGGGGAAAUGAAUGAGCUUUUGGAGCCAGUAGCGCCAUCUUGUUUCAGAAGGAUUGAAGGGAAAAGAAGAGGGAUGAAGGGGAAGGACUGGUGAGAUUUAGUAAAUGGGAAGAGUUAUGGAAAAGUCACCCUGAACCCCAGUUGAGAGAAGCUUACUUGGACAGGAUGAGAAAAAAAAAGACUGGUAGUUAGUGCGUGCACCAAAUGAAAUUUAAAAAC